GCAGCUUUGUAAAAGCAGUGAGCGCCAAGCAGAGGGUCAAUCUGAUCAGUCAGUGAGAGCCGACAUGUCGUUCAAGUAAUAACUUGGAUUGUUUGUAGAACCGGUUUUAAAAAUUUAGUAUCGUGGUCACGUACCAACAAUUGGACAUUUAUUUUCUUUUACUUUAAGGAUAAUUAAUAUCAAUAUACAUAUUUGUGGUGUUUUUUCCAUUGUAUAUUAUCUAUUCGUUAAGGUAUUAACACUUUGAAAACGUGGAGAUAUUGAAAAAAAAGUGUUUUAAACCAGUGUGUGAAUCAUAAAUAGGCGCCAAGAAAAGAUUGCGACCUCGAGAAUACAAUCUGAAGGACGUCGGGCUUUAAGAGACGGUGUAGGGAAAUAAAAGAACAUCUUCUUCGAGGGGUCGAGCGACAUUAAGUCGCGAAGUAGCGGCAGUUUAUCGGCCCCAAGUUUUGGAAUAUGGCGUGUGAACGGUGUUUCUUGGUCCGCGGGUGUUUUAUUGGAUUCACAUUGGCCUUCAUCUUCGGAUUAUCCACAACCGCAACAGAAUCAGAUGGAUUUUAUCACAGCUAUGAAGUAUUGAGCGGUACAGAGAAUGAUGAUCUCCACAUAUUUUAUACGGAUGAGUUGGAUGGAGCUGAAUUCUCAAACCGAGUACGAAGAUCAUUGGAACCAGCUCCUACAACAUCUCCACCACAACCAUCAACACACCAGCCACAAGAUUCUACACCAGAGUCUCCUUUGAUAAAAACGGAAACUGGAGCUACAGCUAAUGUCAUGUAUUCAACAGUAAAUGCCACUAAUUCGACGUCUGAAUCAACGCUUAUAAGCACAACUCUUAAACCAAAUGUUACAAAAAAUGGGAAAACUCUAAUUAUUGUUUCUCCGCCUCUUUCUCCCGUCACUGGAGAACCGGUUCACGUAUGGCCUAAUCAAACACGAUGGGAAAAUGCAACUCAUACAACCAACUCAACUCAAAAAACACCAGAUACUAAGCCCAGGCUUGAAAUGAAUAACUCAACAGAGAUUCCGUCCAACACAACUGAUUUUGAUGAAUCUAUUUUUGCCAAAUUUUCCAACUUUUCAAAUAGUACUUUAAGGCAAAAUAAUAUUUCAAAAACAGAAGAAGACACUCAUCAGUAUUAUAAUAGUACAUUCAUUGUUGAUCAAAAUGUUGCCAAGAGUUUUUGGGUUGAUAUGAAUAAAAACCCGUAUGCUAAAAUUAAUGACUUAUUGAGCAAAAGUUAUCGAAGAGCUGCUACUGUGAAGCUCAAGUUCGAUUUUCCAUUUUAUGGGCAUAAAGUAAGGAAUAUAACGAUAGCUACUGGUGGCUUUUUGUAUACAGGAGAAUAUGUACAUAGCUGGCUUGCUGCCACGCAGUACAUUGCUCCGCUAAUGGCAAACUUUGACCCUCGUUUGUCUCCAGAUAGCUUUGUUAAAUACGCUGAUAAUGGUACGGCUUUUACGGUUGAGUGGACAAAAGUUCUCCUUCAAGACAAACCAAAGGCUGGUGCAUUUACAUUCCAAGCAACUCUUUAUGACAAUGGUAACAUCGUUUUCGUGUACGUGGACAUGCCACUUCCUAUAGAAGCUAUUGAAGAAAAAGAUCAUCCAGUUAAAGUUGGCCUCAGUGACGCCUACAUCAUGGAUCGUACUCGUUUCUUUGUUCGCAAAAAGACUAUCUAUGAAUAUCAUCGAGUACACUUCAAUCGUCAGAAUAUUAUUAAUUCAACUGUGAUUUAUUUACGAGCUUUACCAACAUGCCUGCAAAUGGAAAAUUGUACCGAUUGUUUAACUAAAGUCCCAGAAUUUUCUUGUAAAUGGUGUCCUGAAAUGAACCAAUGUAGCAAUGGAACAUUCCGGUUCCGACAAGACUGGUUAGAGAAAGGAUGUGAACAAAGAAACAUUCGUGAAGAAAGCAGUUGUCCAGCUAAUCCGAAAUUAUCAGAACAUGGUGAUAAUAUUAGUGAUACUCAUAUUAAUUCUGAAGAUCUAUCAGCUGGUGUCCAACGAAAACAUUUGAUUAAUGAAUUAAAUAUUUCAGAGUCAGCGCACAGUCACGUAAAUAUGAGUCAUAUGAGUGUUUCUGGAAUCAUUGGUAUUCUUCUUGUUAUCUCCCUGGUUGGAGGUCUGGUUGGUUGGGCUGCUUAUGCAUACCGUAAUCCUCAUAGUGCAUCAGGACAAAUGUUGAUCCGGUAUCGUCCUAGCCAGUGGAGUUGGCGAAGAGGAGAAGCGCGUUAUACAGCAGCAACAAUCCAUAUGUGAUCAGAGAAAACUAAUCAGUCAGUGAUCCAGCACCAAUAAUAUUAUUAAAUCAGCUAAUUUGAUAUAAGAAUUAAGAAUGUCCGUAGUAGCGUUCAUAAAUGUUGAUAGUAAAUUAUGAAUGCUAACUAAAAAUAUCCUGCUAUUUUUUACUCGAAAUCGAUAUUUUUCUGCUACAUAUACUCAUAUAUAUCUUCUUUUCGAGUAAAUUUAUACUGAUCAAUUUAUUUACGACUAUCGUAAAAUAAUAAUUAAAAAUGGUAUAUCUCAACGUUUCUAUUUGAUUAUGUGUCUGAAUUAUGAAUAAUAACGGGUACAAUUGUGAUUUAUAUUUACACAAAAUUUAUAAAAUAUAUAAUUUUAUAUUUAGUAUCAAUUAAAGAAUAUUCUAAAACAAUUUUUCACGAGUAAAUUUUCCAAUGAAUAUUGACAUAUCUUUUUAUAAACAAAAAAUCAUAGCUGAUAAAAAUUUUCAAAUGAUUAUAAUUAAUAAUCAUUUUUUUGAACAUUUAAAAGAACCAAAAGAUAAUAAAAAAUAAAAUUUGUGCCUUGUUCGUCAAUUAAAAAUGAAUACAACUAACAAAACAGGAAUUUUAACUAUUAUAAAAAUUGAAUGAUGGAUGAAUGUUUAUGUGUUUUUAGCAGGAUGUGGUAUGCUUUGUUAUUAUUUAAGUUCACUUUUUAGAAUCGUUCUAUAAAAUAUAUUCAUGUAAUUGUUGAAAUUGUGUAAUUUCUUUCAAGAAAUUGCACAACUGUGAAAGCGAAUUGCAGCAAUCGAUAAUUCGAGCAGAAAUUUAGGAAAAAUUAAAAAAAAA